CGAGCGAGCGGCGGGGCCGGUGCUGUUGCCGGUGCGGAGGGAGCGGCGGGUCCCUCGAACCGCUUAGUCCCCCCUCGGUUCCCCCUCAGUCCCCUCCCUGUGCCCCCCCCUCCCGGUGCCCCCCACCCCCGGCAGCCGCGAUGCCCAACUUCUCUGGGAACUGGAAGAUGAAGAGCUCGGAAAACUUCGAGGAACUGCUGAAGGCGCUGGGCGUGAACAUGAUGCUGCGGAAGAUCGCGGUGGCGGCGGCGGCGAAGCCGGCGGUGGAGAUCCGGCAGGACGGGGAGAGCUUCUACAUCCGCACCUCGACCCCCGUGCGCACCACCGAGAUCCGCUUCAGGGUGGGCGAGGAGUUCGAGGAGCAGACGGUGGACGGGCGGCCCUGCAAGAGCUUGGCCAGGUGGGAGAGCGAGAACAAGAUGGUUUGUGAGCAGCGGCUGCUCAAGGGCGACGGGCCCAAGACGGGCUGGUCCCGGGAGAUGACCAACGACGGGGAGCUCAUCCUGACCAUGACGGCCGAUGACGUUGUCUGCACCAGGGUCUACGUCCGGGAGUGACACCCCCUGCUCCGCUGACCCCCCCCACCGCCCCCACCCAGCCCCUCUGACCCACCCCGUGUCCCUUCAGUCCCCUCCGCUCGCCCCCCCAGCCGCGGGGGGACCUCAGCCCAACCCCUUUUUUGGAGGGACACACACGGCUUUCCCCCCCGCCUCCACAGGGCGGGGGCUCUCCGAGAGCAGGAGAAUCUCCUGUUCUGGCCCCGCUCUGCUGUGGACGGAGCGCCCGGGGCCUGGCGAGGUGCCGGGGCACGGCGGGGGGUAAUGCGGCCCCUCCCUGGCCUUUGGGCUGCUUUGAACUGCUUUGGGUUCGGGUUGCUGUUGGUUCCCGCAGCCCCCAGCCCUGCCCCGUGCCCCCUCCCCAGUAUUUAUUUGUGAAUAUGGUACCAGAGGGGAACACCAGUACCCCCCAGUUGGGGCAGUGCCAGGUCCAAGCCCCCCCAGAGUCCAACCCCCCCGCGUCACCUUCCCCUUUUUCAAUAAACGUCCUAUGA